GAAUGAUUAACGUCUUUAAUAACUUGAAUGUUCAAAUAAGUUUAUUUGUAACUAUUUGGUAAUGAAAACCAAUUCAUGUUAAUUGUAGUUAAUUCAAACAUGUUCAGUCCUUCAUAAAAUCUAGCGGAAGAUUUUGAACAUAAACUACCUGUAUAUCUUUAUUAUCAUUAACAGGUAUGUAUGAAUUCUUUCUUUCAAUUGAUGAAUUUAAAACUGUAUUUGUCAUCACUUACAUAAUAUUUUGUUGACACAAGUUAGUCUACAAAAGUUGUCAUAACUUGUGCCUAAUCCUUUUUACCUGUUUUGGACAAUGAAAUAUGUUUAAAGUGAAGGUACUAUUUAUCUCAUAAUCAGUCUGUAAUCCAACAAACAAUGUAAACAAUGACGUUUCUUCGUGAAUGGAAACAAGUGCACAACGAAAUGCCUUCCAUCGUGUAACGUUUCCUCCACAUUUUGACUUUAAACCUGUCUUUUUCUGAAAUAUGUGAUAAAACUUUAUUUCCAUUUCAUGUGAGAUUUUGUAAAACUUGUCUCGGAGUUUUCAAUUGCACUAUAUUUAAUUAAUUUGAUGAUGUUUUAAAAUUAUGUUAAAUUCGAUUUUAUUUUAUUUUCAGAAAUUAAAAGAACAUUUGAACUUUUCGAUAAAGACAAAAAUGGUAAAAUAACGGAAACAGAACUCACUGACGUCAUGCGAGCUUUAGGUCAAAAUCCUACGUCACAACAUGUGCGGUCAAUUAUAGCGGAAGUGGAUAAGGACAACGAUGGUGAGAUUGAUUUUGAAGAAUUCGUUUCUAUGAUGUCAAAAAAAUGGCGUGACCUAGAAAAAGAGGAAGAGGAAAUAAAGAAAGCUUUCAAGGUUUUUGACAGAAAUGGAGAUGGUAUGAUUGAAAUGCGUGAAUUGAAAGCUGUCCUAACUGGUUUGGGUGAAAGGAUGACAGAGGAAGAAUUUCAGGAUCUCAUGCGCGGAGGCCCAGACCCUAAACGGAAAGGGGGGCAUCACAUACAAAAG